CACUAAAUUAGAUUACCAUUAAAAUUCAUUGGAAUACCAGAUUCAUUGAUUCCCGUCAAUGCUAUAAGGGCGGCUAGCUCGUGUAUAAAGACUGAAUUUUGUAACUGAUAGGUGAGAGGUGAUCUCAUCACGUGUCAGAGUAUACCAAAGUGUUACGCCUGAUAUAGAAACAAUUAUUUUGAUCCCAAUUCUAGGCUUAUAGUGUCAAAUUUAUAAUUUUUUCUGAUUCUUCUGCUAACGGAAUCUGCGUCCAACUCAGCGAAGGGAUCGAUUUUAAAACUAACAUAAUUAUCCAUAUCCAGUUCUCUUCUCCUGUGUAAUUGGGUCUGUCUAUUUGAUUUUGUAGACCCAAUCGAUAGACUAUUUCUUCCGGACAGAUACCAGAUUUUUCUGUUGUUUUGAGUUGGGUGGAUCAGAGGAAGACUUUUUAUGCAAUGGGUGGGGAGUUUGAAUCUUUGGUAGAGGCCGCAUCAGGCGCUGCAGGAGGGCUCCUCAGUACCACCAUAUUGUAUCCAUUGGAUACAUGCAAGACCAAGUAUCAGGCAGAAGUUCAGGCUGGGGGUCGCCAAAAAUACAGAAAUCUAUCUGAUGUAUUGUUGGAGGCAAUUUCAACACGGCAAAUUCAUUCAUUGUACCAGGGGCUUGGCACAAAGAAUUUGCAAUCAGUUAUAUCUCAAUUUAUUUACUUUUACAGUUAUAGUUAUUUUAAAAGAUUAUAUUUGAAUAGAAGCAAAAAGAAGUACAUGGAGACAAAAGCAAAUCUGGUUAUAGCUGCAGCUGCUGGAGCUUGCACAGCACUGAUUACUCAGCCACUGGACACAGCAUCAGCUCGGAUGCAGACUAGUGAAUUUGGGAAAUCUAAGGGCCUUUGGCAGACUCUUACUGAGGGCUCUUGGGGAAAGGCAUUUGAUGGUGUUGGUGUUUCUCUGCUUCUCACAUCUAAUCCUGCCAUACAGUACACAGUUUUUGAGCAGUUGAAACGAAGGUUAUUGGUGAAACAAAAAAGAAAUCAAACUGAUUCAGUUACAGCUGACUCUUCUCCUGUUGUCAUCUCAGCUUUUGCUGCCUUCUUAUUAGGUGCACUUUCAAAGACAGUAGCAACAAUUGUGACAUAUCCGGCAAUAAGAUGCAAGGUUAUGAUUCAACGUGCUGAAACUGAUGAUGAAAAUAAACUCAAAAUGAAUGGAGUGAUUCAAGAAAAACAACCUAAACAAGUAGUGGAUGCAUUGAGAAUCAUUUGGCAAAAUGAGGGCCCUUUAGGUUUCUACAAAGGAUUAUCUGCCCAAAUUUUGAAGACAGUCCUGAGUGCAGCUUUAUUAUUGAUGAUCAAAGAGAAAACUUCUCGCAGCACUUGGGUUUUGAUGGUUGGACUCAGAAGAUAUAUUUUAGAUGUAAAAAAGAGAAUUAAGCAGACAUGAUUAUGCUGUAUUGGAAAAGUAGUAGUAAACAGCUAAAGACAUUUACCUCUGACAAUUCAUGUCAAGUUCAGAUACUGUCCUAUCCUGAAGUAUUGGGGGACAAAACCAAAAGCAGUCUUGACUAAACUUAUGUUGUAUAAACAUCUCUGCCAUCUGAAGGCUUGUGGAAUUUCAUUCAUAACUUAAUAAAUUGAUUGUGAUGCAACAUAAGUUCUGUAUUGUAAAAUUUGAAAAUUUUAGCUAUUUAUAGAUUGGAGCCGUCUGUUUAGUUUUUUGAA